AUGGACGCCCUCAAACCCUUCCAAGACCAAAUAGAAAAGAUCCUCCUAAACCCGCAAUACCACUCCCCGCUGGUCCUCCUAAAAGCCAUUCGCAAUGGCCUCGUCUACGGCACCAAAGUCCGCUUCCCCCACGCCUUCGUCAUGGUCUUCCUCUUCCGCUCCGGCACACUACGAGAGAAACUCUGGUUGAUCUUCAAAGCCACGCGCCAACAUGCCUCGAAUCUUGCUCGCUUCGCACUGUUCUACAAAUCCUCCAUGCUAGCCCUCAAGGGCGUGAAUGGGGGAAAAGAGGAGAGCUUCCAUACUUUCCUCGCGGGCCUGGUGGGAGGAUACUGGGUUUUUGGCCACGGGAGGGGAGCGAGUAGUUCCGUGAACCAGCAGAUCGUCAUCUACGUUUUCGCUCGUGUGGUCCUGGCCGCGGCGAAGUUGGCCGUCCAGCCACCGGGAGAUAACAGUCUAGUCGGCGGUAGCUACGGCGGGCACGGCGGCAAAGGACUCCUAGGCCUCACGGGCACACAGUUGGAGAUGGUGAGGAGGAAUUCCUGGCCGGUGUUUGCCAGUCUGAGUUGGGCGAGCGUGAUGUGGUUGUUCCGAUUCUACCCGGAGAUGCUGCAGCCGAGUUUGAGGAGCAGUAUGACUUAUAUCUUCGAGAGAUCAGAGCACUGGCAUGAUUUGAACAGCUACGUAUACACGUAUAAGCUGCCUGCUCUACCAGGUAUGCCUGCGAAGCUUGAUUGA